AUGCAUGAUCUCUUCAAGCUGUUUAUUGCCCUCACCAAGUAUUUUCUAUCAUGCAAUCUUUGAAACCUCAUAUCAACUCUUAAAUCAGCUUCAGAAAUCUGCAGAAAAUCUUUCCCAUUAAUUCCGUGUGACAAGAAAAGUGAUGAGGCAGAACCAAGGUGUAUUAAAUUGAGAAACUCUGAUACUUCUUUUGAGUUCCAAUGCCAAGGACUUUUGUACAUUAUAAUAAAGAUGAAUAUAUAUAAAUUGAUAAAAAUUAUAGAUGGCAGCUUUUUAUUUUCAUGAUUAAAUUUUCAAACAAUCAAGCUAUUGCUAUCAUUAGGAAAUUUAAAAUUCAUUAUAUUAAUUAUAAUAAUUUGCAAGAUGCAACCUUUAAAAAGAGAACCUGAUCCCACAGUGAUAAGAUCUUUCACUACUCCAGGCGAAGUUUAUUCACUUGAUUAUGGACUAACUGUAGCAAAAAAUAAAGGAGCUCUGAUAAGUGCUCUCAGACAGUGGCUCUUCAGUCAAUGGAGAAGUGGCCAGAGGCAAUACGAAACAAUACCUUUCGAAAAUAUAACAUUCACUCAUGAAUCUGAGGCAAAUUAUAUAUUUCAGAUGGAAAAUGCAGGCGCAAUCACCAAUCCUCCUAUAGGUGACCAAGAGUAUCUUUCAAGAAUUAGCCAACAAUUUAGUGCCUACCUAACGAGAGUAACAAGUAGACUAAGAGAAGAAUGGAAAGAAAGGGAGCUGAUCAGAAGCGAAGUCAAUAUCAAUACAGAAAUUCAACCUUUUCAAGCUAAAACUAAUCAGCGCUACAGAGAGAUGCGAGCUCCCCCCUCCGGGAGUGAACAAAAAUAUUUUGUUCGCUCACAGAGAAAUUUUAUAGAAAAAAUUGUUUAAAAAAAUCCUAAUUUAAAUUUGGAAGCAAAUAUUAAUUUAAUUUAUAAAAUUUAUGCUUUAAAACGCGAUUUGUUUAAAAUUAAACAGAAUUAGCUCGAUAUUUCAUUAUACUAAUUAUCACUUAUAUAUCAAAUUUUUUUCAUAUAAAAAAUUUUCUAUUAAAAAAAUUUUUGUUCGUUCACGGUGGGUUUUUGGACAAAAUUAGGGAUUUUUCCAAUGGUUUUGUUCACUCAUAGGGGGGGGAGUAAGUGCAACAAUGGCUGGAAUGGAUAUUCACUUAAUCGUUUUUGACUCCAUUAGAGAUUGGUAUAUCUUAAGCAACCUGAGGCAUAACAAUAUAGUCCCUUGGUAUGGGAUGGUUAAAAUUGAUAAAAUCAUGUACGCAGCAAUUCAAAGAUUGACAGUCACUCUGGAAUCCUUUAUAAACUCAAAAUUUUCAAAACAAAGGCCUGAGGAUUUGCCCUUAAAAUUAAGAAUAAUCACCCAAAUCGGGUACGGGAUUGCAUUUAUGCACAUGAAAAACAUCGGUUUAAAUAAUAUUACUCCAUGGAGCAUUUUUAUCGACGAAAACGCCAAUAAUCGGCCAGUUAUAUACGACCUAGACCUUGCAUUGCGUGCUGACAUAACUCCAGCUCCAUGGAUAAAACGCUUUAAAGAAGAGGAUUUUGCAUCGCCUGAAGCUAAAACGGAGAAUCAGCAAAUAAAAUUUCAGAAUUCUGAUAUUUAUUCCUAUGGAAUUCUAGCCUGCUAUAUUUUAACUGGAAAAUAUCCUCAAGAAGCAUUUAAGUGUGAAUUUGCUUCAGAUCCUGAACUUGAUGGAAAUAUAAAGGAAUUUAUCAUACAAAUGCUUUCUGAAAAUGAAACCAGAAGGCCUAGUGCAAAGAUGUGCUAUGAAAAAUUUGAAGAAUUUAAUAGGCUUCUUUAA